AUGGCGGCAUUGAGAGCCGGUGCAGGGAGAAGUCUGCAACGCCUACUUCGAGCACGCAGCCUCGACAAUGCGCCUCCAGACUUUCUGAAUAAGCCAUCGACGGCGCCAACGACCCCUCAGACGCUCACCGAGAAGAUCGUGCAAAGAUACUCGCAAGGGCUGCCGGACGGAAAGUUCGUCAAGGCGGGCGACUAUGUCACGCUUAGUCCGCACCAUUGUAUGACCCACGACAACUCAUGGCCUGUGGCGACCAAGUUCAUGAGUAUUGGCGCGACCAAAAUCCACAACAACAAGCAGAUUGUAAUGACGCUGGACCAUGAUGUUCAGAACAAGAGCGAGAACAAUCUGAAGAAGUACGAGAAGAUUCAGUCGUUUGCAGAGCAGCAGGGAGUCGACUUUUACCCAGCAGGACGUGGUAUCGGGCACCAGAUCAUGGUCGAAGAAGGCUAUGCCUGGCCAGGAACUAUGGCGGUCGCGAGUGACAGUCAUUCGAACAUGUACGGAGGUGUGGCUUGUCUUGGUACGCCGGUAGUCCGCACAGAUGCUGCUAGUAUCUGGGCGACAGGCAAGACGUGGUGGCAGAUUCCUCCCAUCGCCAAAGUCACUUUUGCGGGUAUCCUUCCUGAAGGUGUCACGGGAAAGGAUGUGAUCGUGGCGCUUGCUGGUCUUUUCAACAAUGAUGAGGUCCUCAACCACGCCAUUGAAUUUACUGGUUCAACGGACACCAUGCGAAGUCUGCAGGUCGAUGACAGACUAGCAAUUGCGAACAUGACCACUGAGUGGGGAGCUCUGUCGGGACUGUUCCCGAUUGACGAUGUUCUCAAAGGCUGGUUGCGAUACAAGGCCACUGAAGCAAGCAUGUACCGAGAGCCGUCGCCCACAGCUAGUCCCACUACUGAUAGAUUCAACCAUGAGAGGCUUGACGAGCUCUUCGCCAACCCAUUGAAGGCCGAUGCAGGAGCGACAUACUCCAAAGAACUCUUUCUGGACUUGUCGACGCUCUGCCCCUACGUUUCCGGCCCGAACUCGGUCAAGGUUGCUACUCCGCUGAACGAGCUGGAGGCGCAAGACAUCAAGGUCAACAAGGCUUAUCUCGUGUCUUGCACAAACUCUCGACGCAGUGAUAUCAGCGCUGCUGCUAAGGUGUUCAAGCAGUUGGCUGACAAGGACGGCAAGGUACCCAAGAUCGCUGAUGGCGUGAAGUUCUACAUUGCUGCAGCUUCACUUCCCGAACAGCGCGCUGCAGAAGAGCAAGGCGACUGGCAAGCGCUGCUUGAGGCUGGUGCGGAACCUCUACCGUCUGGAUGUGGUCCAUGCAUUGGUCUUGGAACUGGUCUGCUCGAACCUGGCGAAGUCGGCGUAUCCGCAAGUAACAGAAACUUUAAAGGUCGGAUGGGAAGUACAGAUGCCAAAGCCUACCUUGCAAGUCCGGAGGUCGUUGCUGCUUCUGCACUGCACGGCAAGAUUGCUGGCCCCGGCUGGUACGAGAAACCCGAAGGCUGGUCUGGCGUCAGACGUGGUGAGGGUGAUGGUGUCGCCGAUGAGCACCGCAUGAUUAGUAUUGAAGAUGCCCUUGACAAGAUCAUUGCACAGGCUGAGGAGGCUAUCAAGGACGGCGAACAGAGAUUGGCACAGGAGGCUGGAGAGGGCACUUCUCAAUCGGGCUUUGCUACUCCUCCAGGAGAAAAACGUUCUAGCGGCCUCACUGAGAUCCUACCAGGCUUUCCCGACAAAGUAACAGGUGAGAUUGUAUGGUGCGAUGGCGACAAUGUCAACACCGAUGGCAUCUAUCCUGGCAAGUACACGUACGACGAUGCAUUCUCAUCAGACCCGGCCAAAAUGGCGACCGUGGUCAUGGAGAACUUUGACAAGGACUUCGCCAACAUCGCCAAGCCAGGUGACAUUCUGGUCUCGGGUUUCAAUUUUGGCUGCGGAUCUUCCAGAGAACAAGCGGCAACCGCAAUCCUCGCAAAAGGCAUCCCACUAGCUGUUGCCGGCAGUUUCGGCAAUAUCUUCAGCCGGAACUCGAUCAAUAAUGCUUUGAUGGGUGUCGAAGUGCCCAAAUUGGUCGAAAGACUUCGAGCGACUUUCAACAACGAUACAUCUGCUGCAACUGGUCAAGCGGGAAAGGCACCUAUCACAGAGCCCAGCAAGAACGCUGACAGCCUCGAUUCUCCUCCACCUGCUCCAGUAAGCAAGACUGAGAAGAAGCUCACGAUCCGGACUGGCUGGACGUUUACCUGGGAUGUCAGAAGAAGUCAAGUUGUCAUCCAAGAAGGCGAGGGUGGCGAGACCUGGACACAGAAGGUCGGCGAGCUGCCUCCAAAUGUGCAAGACAUUAUUGCCAAGGGUGGUCUUGAGAAAUGGGUCCAGGCUCAAAUCUCGAAUGCUUUGCAGUAAACAUCUCGUCGCAUCUUGUCAGCAAGGAAUGGGAGGAAAAGUUGAAUGAUACCCAGGAUCAGAGCAGUUCAGUGUACAUAUAAUUACAUGUCAUGUAAAGUUACCGAUACUCACAAUCAGC